CGACGGUCAUCCUACCCUCCCACUCCCCCAGUGGAUGAGCCGCUCCUCGCGAUCCAAAUCGGCGGGAUUGUAGGUUCAUACGUGAUCUUCGUCGCCAUUAUCUUGACUCUGCUGCUCUUUAUCGGCCGUCGUCUCAGGAGAACAGUCCAAUCGUCCAACUACACCUUGGAAGUAGAGAUGAUGAAACCAAAGGGCGCCGCAAGUAUCGAUCCCAGCCCGGUCACACCUACGUCGUACAACUUACCAAGCCCGGCCAAGUCGCACGGCUUCAGGUCGUGGUCCAGUUUGACCAAGGGCCACCACCAAUCACGCUCGUCCAACAAUGGCAGUGUAGCCACCAUCGACGAGGGUGUCGUCGCCUCCGAUCGUCGCAGAGCCCAGGAGGAAAUGGAGAUGCUCUACGCCGCCGUCAUGGCGCACGACGAGCAGCGCGCCGCAGCAUCGGCAACAGGCAGCCCCGUCCUCGACGACAAAGAGACGCCCCGAUCGCCCCUGAGCAUCCAAAGCUCCCACACUAACCCAUUCUCCGACCAAGCCGCUGUCCGCUUCCCAGAACCAUCGUCACAACCCCCCGCGGUAGCCGCCCCGCUCAGCCCACGCUCCAACUCACGACUCUCCCGCAUCUCCAACCUCUCGCUCUUCCACUCGAGCUCGUCUCGCCCGCAACCAACCCCAGGCAAGCUGCGAUCCCCCCGUCUGCCGCUCCGGAAACUCCCCAUCUCCUCGCCCAUGGCCUCCCCAGACGCAAGAGCACCCAAUUCCUAUGGCGAAGACCAACUCCCGCUCUCCCCACGCCUCUACAACCCACCGGCACCCCCGGUACCCCCGAUCCGCAUAACCACCGGCUCCCCAGAGCGAAUGCCCCGCAAUCCCGCGCCGCCCCCGCUGAACCUCAGCCCAGCAACGCAAAGCAGCGCCUCGCUCCCCUUCCGUGAAGCCUACCCGCAGCUCCUAAGUGCGCCGCCCACGAAAACAACUAUCCUCGAGCGCCCCGAGAAACACCUGAACGGGCCACGCACGGGUCUCCCGACACCGUAUAGUCCGUACAUGCCAUUUACGCCUCUGACGCCGCUAACACCGAGCCGAAUCGUCACGAGGAAGCAACGCAAACGAGAGGGGAAGGAGAAUGGGCUGCGUGCAUUGGAUGAGGAGGAUGUGGUGCGCGGGGAUGGUGAUAUGUGGGGGUAUUAA